AUGUUUAGGACCCUAAAAGUGCAUUGCAGCACAAAAACCAACAAGACUCUUUUAGAGAACCAAAUAUGCGACGGCGUAGUCGAUUGUUUUGCAGAUGAAAAUUCCGAUCGGCCAGAUGAAAGGUUCGAAUUAUGUUAUGGCAAGGUCUGCGAGGAUGAGAGUUCUUAUCGCUGCACCUAUGGAGCGUGCCUAAAUGGAACUCUAAAGUGCGAUGGAAAGAUUGACUGUUGGGAUGGAAGCGACGAAAAUAAAUUCGAAUGCUUGGAGGAUGCAAAUCUGCAGAAUGAGUACGAAGACCUCAAAGGGGAGUGUGAAGACGAGGAUUUGUUCGAUUGCAAGGGGUCCUGUCUGAACUGGAGUCAGGUUUGUGAUGGAGUGGCAGAUUGCAAGGACGGCAGCGAUGAAGACGGCACACUCUGCACGGCCUUCGAAUGUCCGCCGCCGGCAUUCAGAUGUCUCUACGGAGCCUGUGUUAGUCCGAAAGCUGUGUGUAAUCACAUUCCCGAUUGCCUGGAUGGGUCCGAUGAGAUGGCGGAAAUUUGCACGGCCCGGAAUCCAACCGUUCAUCAUGUGGAUGUCAGAAGCGCUUGGAAUGUGCGGCACUGCCGUCUAGAAGAUCCGUCGAAGUCCCUGGUGGUGGAGAACUACGUGGGCGGCACCACCUUUCAAAGUAACGCCUGUGUGCCCGACAAGACCGUCGUUUAUCUAAGCUGCCGUAAAGGAUAUGGUCUGAUCGGGGCGGAGAAGAACAUUUGCGACGCAGACCAGUGGCGGUAUCCGUUGGCCAGGUGCGUGCCCCAGUGUAAGCACGUCGGCAAUGUAAGCCACAUGAGGCAGUGCACCCUGAAUGGUCGCCUGAUCGACUGCAAUCAGUCGGUGCUGCCCAUGGGCACUGUAAUGUCGGUCACUUGCUCGUCCGGGUGCGAAAAGACUGGAGGUGAUGGUGAUGGUCUGCAGUACUGCGACGCAACCGGCAAUUGGCGGGGUCACAAGCCUGAGUUUUCGGUUGUCUGCAAUGCCACCAUCGUGUCGCCGUACAUUCUGGUGACCACGGAGCGCUGUUUCAGCGAGUCGUCCAUCAAGAGUGUGCCAUCCACGGAACCUGUGCUCUAUACCGUCGCCGAGGGAAAGAUCUACGGCAACAGCUUCUUGGCCCACGAACCCCAUCCCUAUAAGCUGCACAACGUGUCCCAUAUAGUCUAUGCUAGGUAUUUAGAUAAAGGGAUCGUGGGUACUUUGGUCCUGGUGCACUUGGUGCAGCCCCUGGAGUUCCACAUGAAGUUGCGGCCCGUCUGUCUUACGGAAGAACUUACCGACAACUGGUUAACCGCCGGAGACUUCACAGGUGUUAACCCGGGCCAUCCGAUCAUCGACGAUAGGAGGCAACCAGGUCGAUACGAGCUUAGGGAAGUAGUUAUCGACGCCCGUAAGAAAUACCACAUAGGGGCGUUUAAGUCGCUGAUCCUGAGAUAUAUUGCCGAGACACAGGCGAAGGAGAACAUUUAAUUC